AUGGAAGAUGUCACUAUGGAGGAAAUGUACAAAGCAACAACGAGUUCAAUAGACGCUCUUGGUAUUGUAAUGGUAAUUUUUGUUAUAGGUCCAGGUCCUGCCAGCACGAUGUUUAGGAGCGAGGAAAUGGUGCUAUGUCAGCUGUUCGUUCAGCCUGAAGCAGCUUAUGUAUCAAUGUACGAGCUCGGAGAGGCGGGAAUAGCUCAGUUCAGAGAUUUGAAUCCCCACGUUAAUGAUUUCCAACGACGUUAUGUGUCUGAGGUGAGGCGAUGCAGUGAAAUGGAGAGGAAGUUGCGUUGGGUGAGCGGUGAACUACCUGAACCUCCACCACCUCCCAAACAUUCACCAAGAGUAUUGACGCCAAGAGAAAUUAACAUACUAGAGGAAAGGAUUGACUACAUCGAGUCAGAAAUUCAAGAAAUAACUAGAAACGCUCAAAAUCUAAAGACAGAUUAUCUCGCAUUGAUAGAACUGAAACUAUUGAUUGAGAAGACGCAAACGUUUUUUCAAGAUCACAGCGCUCAUAGAAAAAUAUCCGCUUCGGUUCAAGUAUAUAAUAACGAAGGGGCGAUAGGCCACUUAGGAUUUAUAGCAGGUGUCGUGGCUACUCCCAGGGUUGCCUCUUUUGAGAGAAUGCUAUGGAGGAUAUCGCACGGGAAUAUCUUUUUUAAACAGGCACAAAUUGAUCAACCACUCAAAGAUCCAGUAACAGGACAUGAGCUGCAAAAGACAGUAUUCGUUGUAUUCUUUCACGGAGAACAAAUUAAGUUAAGAGUGAAGAAAGUCUGUCACGGUUUCCAAGCAACGCUGUACCCAUGCCCGGCUACGUACAAGGAGCAACAGGAAAUGAUUGCAGGAAUUGGAUCGCGAAUCAAAGAUUUAGAAAUGGUACUAGAACAGACAGAACAGCACAGAAGGUUAGUGCUAGCGAAUAUUGGUCGCGACAUAAGCACUUGGAUGGUGGCAGUUCGUAAGGAGAAAGCGAUUUACCACACAUUGAACAUGUUCAGUAUGGACAUUAUAAAAAAAUGCUUGAUUGCUGAGUGCUGGGUCCCGCGUCAGGACUUGCACAUAUUACAGAAAGCCUUGGACAAUGGUGUGAAAGCAAGUGGCAGUCCGAUUCCAUCGAUCCUACAUCAUGUACCGACGAGAGAAGUCCCACCGACGUUUAACAGAACUAAUAAAUUUACACGUGGCUUCCAAACUCUUAUUGAUUCCUAUGGAAUCGCUAGCUAUAGGGAAGUUAAUCCAGCGUUGUAUACGAUCAUAACAUUCCCGUUUCUUUUCGCCGUUAUGUUCGGCGACAUGGGCCACGGUCUCAUCAUAACCAUAUUUGCUGCAAUACUCGUUCUAAACGAAAGAAAUUUCGCCAAAAAGAAAACAGACAAUGAGAUUUGGAAUAUAUUUUUCGGCGGACGCUACAUAAUGCUAUUGAUGGGAAUAUUCUCUAUAUACACCGGUCUGAUAUACAAUGAUAUGUUCUCGAAAUCGUUAAAUAUUUUUGGUAGCAGUUGGAAGAAUGUUUAUGAUUUGGACACAUUGACAAAUAGGAGUAAUUUUGAUUUGGACCCAGCUGUAGCUUACACACAAACACCGUAUCCUCUUGGUUUAGAUCCAGCUUGGCAGUUUGCAGCUAACAACAUAAUAUUCCUAAACUCCUUCAAGAUGAAACUGUCUAUAAUUUUUGGUGUCAUCCAUAUGGCGUUCGGGGUAACAUUGAGUGUGGUAAACUUCAACUUCUUUAAGAAAACGGAACUAAUACUGUUACAGUAUAUACCACAAAUACUGUUUUUACUUCUACUGUUCUGGUAUCUCUGUAUACUAAUGUUCAUAAAAUGGUUCAUGUAUUCGGCGAUAGCGACAGAUCCAGCAUUGGGUACCUCUUGUGCGCCGUCAGUAUUAAUCAUCUUCAUCAACAUGAUGCUCCUCAAGCCAGCAGAGAACGCUCCUCCUUGCAAGACCUUUAUGUUCGAUGGUCAAGACGCGAUACAAAAAGCCUUCCUAGCUAUAGCCUUUUUAUGUAUACCAGUUAUGCUCUUCGGAAAACCCGUGUAUCAAAUAAUCGCUGCUAAAAAGAAAAAGCAAUCCCAGCAAGGCAUUGAGAGUGGGGAGGUUGAACCGAGCGAAGACGACGGCGGUCUUAGUGAAGUUCUCAUUACUCAAGCGAUUCACACCAUAGAGUAUGUACUGGGAACUGUCUCACACACAGCUUCAUACUUACGACUGUGGGCGCUGUCUUUAGCGCAUGCGCAACUCUCAGCGGUUCUGUGGCAGCGUGUUCUUCGUAUGGGUCUUAGUGGUGGUUCUCCAGUGAAUGCCAUCAUGUUGUAUAUAAUAUUCGCUGUAUGGGCGUUCUUCACACUCGCCAUACUUGUUCUGAUGGAAGGCCUGUCAGCGUUCUUGCAUACACUUCGAUUACAUUGGGUUGAAUUCAUGAGCAAAUUCUACGAUGGGCAGGGAUAUUCGUUUUUCCCAUUCUCCUUUUCGGCCAUACUUGAAAAUGAUGAAGAAGAGGUUCCAGCUAAACCGAACGGUAGACCACCUGAAUAA